AUGCUGGGCAUGAACGCCAAGGCGCCUUUCGGCGUGCACCCUGCCCUGCAGGAAGCCAAGUUCGCCAGCCUGCACUCCAGCUCGGAGGCGAUGCGCCGCGUGUGCCUGCCAGCCCCGCAGGGCAAUAUAUUCGGGAGCUUUGAUGAGAGUCUGCUGGCCCGCGCGGAAGCUCUGGCGGCGGUGGACCUGGUCUCGCACGGCAAGAGCCAUCCUUUCAAGCCCGACGCCACCUACCAUACCAUGAGCAGCGUCCCCUGCACGUCGGCGGCGUCCAGCUCCUCGCCCCCCGUGGCCAUCUCGGCGCCCUCGCACCACCACCACCAUCACCACGCGCAACAUCCUCACCAUCACCCGCACCAUCCCCACCCGCACCACCACGCCGGGGCGCAGCACCAAAGCCUCGACGGCGGAGACCUCCUGGAGCACCUCUCUCCCGCGCUGCUGGGCGGCCCCGAGCCCGGCGCGGUGAUGGCCGGCCCCAUGCACCCUCACGCGCACCCACACCUGGGCGCAGCCAUGGGCCACCUCCACCAAGCCAUGGCGAGCAUGGCGCACGCUCCUCCGCCGCCGCCUCCCUCGACGGCCCCGGUGCCGGCUCCCCACGCGGGUUUGCCUUGCCUGGGCGACGUGGAGUCGGACCCUCGCGAGCUGGAGGCGUUCGCCGAGCGCUUCAAGCAGCGGCGCAUCAAGCUGGGCGUGACCCAAGCCGAUGUGGGCGCGGCGCUGGCCAGCCUGAAGCUGCCCGGCGUCGGCUCUCUGAGCCAGAGCACCAUCUGCCGCUUCGAGUCGCUCACGCUGUCGCACAACAACAUGAUCGCGCUCAAGCCCGUCUUGCAAGCGUGGCUCGACGAGGCCGAGGCCGCCUGUCGCGAGAGGAGCGCGCAGGCCGAGCUGCUGCGCGGCGCCGAGCGCAAGCGCAAGCGCACGUCCAUCGCGGCGCCCGAGAAGCGCUCGCUGGAAGCUUACUUCGCGCUGCAGCCGCGCCCGUCGUCCGAGAAGAUCGCCGCCAUCGCCGACAAGCUGGAGCUCAAGAAGAACGUCGUGCGCGUCUGGUUCUGCAACCAGAGGCAGAAGCAGAAGCGCAUGAAGUACUCGGCGGGGCACUGAGAACGCCAGGGGCACCAAAGACCACAGAUCACAUACGUAUAUCUAUAGCUAUAUCUAUAUAGAUCUCUAUAGAUGUUGCUGGACGGCAACAGGGAGGGGAAUAAAUGGAUCUCUGCAAGGACAGCCCUACCGAGCCACAAAGCCAUGGACCUUAACCAACCAACAAACGCUUCCUUCUUUUCCUCUGGCCAUCGGCCGCCUGGUUUAUUUAUUUUAUUUAUUUAUUAUUAUUAUUAUU